AUGUCUGUCAACCUGAAUAAACCCAAGGAUCUUGUGGGCACAUCUCAGCCACUUGAACUAAAGCUGCUCGAGCGUACAGAGAUUCCGAACACACCAUCACAACGGUCGAGCCAGUUUGACAGUUCUAUACCCGAGCAUUCAUUAGAAAAACUCCCUAACGCCCGUGUGUCCCAACAGGACACUUCUACUCAAGAUGAUGAGUAUGCAUUGGCCCUCGAUUAUCUGAGCCACACCCAAAACCAGGUCCCCUUCACAGCUCUUUGCUCGGGCUGUCGAAAACAGACCGCAUUAGUCAAGGCCGGAGAGAAAGAUGCUCAGUGGUACGUGGCCAAAACCAGCUCCAUGCCCUGGUUCGACCCGGAUCGGACAAACAUCCUGCCGGAUAUAGGAAAGAUUCGUGACGAUGAUCUGCCUGGCUUAUCUUCCGCAGAUACUCCAGCUCCAGAUGUCUUGGUCGCGUCACAAAACACCUCACUUGAGCGGAGUGCGCCGAUAGGAAUUUGGUCGAAUGCUGAAACUCUUGGCCAGAAGACGAUUUCAAGACUCAAUGAGAUAAACCUGGAAAGUUCAUCGUCCAACAGCGCAUCAGUAUCACGGGUCAAUCAGCCGCGAGAGCGCUCUGUCCAACCCGCUGAGACGUCAGAUCUCGACGACUUAGCAGGAAUGUCCGGUCCGCAUGUUUUUCGUUCCGGCUCAACACAUAGUUCAGAUCUGCUGGGAGAAAACCAAUCUCGGAAUCCGGCAUCCACUGUUCCUGAACCUACCCAAGUGGGUACGCACAUGUCGCCUAAGCACCCUUCUACCAAUGGUUUGCCGGAUCGAGCUGCCCCUGCAGCGGCCGAGGAACAAGAGUCAGCGGUUUCAAAGUCGAAUGAGACGGUUGAAAGAGAUUCCAUUAUCUCUGAAAGCCCAACCGAAGCACACUCAGGUCCGUCUAUACCAACAAAGCGUCACACAAACCGCGAUUUAGCUAGGAUAGCCUUGGUGUGUGCACAAGGCACAGGUAUGACCGCGUUGGAGAUAAUCGACUGGCUGGCUUUGAGAUUCUCCUACUUGAACAAAGGCCAAGGCGCCUGGGAGAAGAGUCUUAAGUCAGUUCUCUCCCAUCAACCUGAGUUCUACGGCGUGAAGCCUUCAGGACGGCCAUAUGAACGGGUUGUGUACAACUUCACCAGCACAGCCAAUAGGGCGAAAUACGAGGAAGAGUACCACGAGUAUCUUCCUUUGGCUCCAGUACCGGGACCCCAGGACGGUCACGGGAAGGCUAGGAAGAGCACACUACAGCGUGCUGCAUCGGACAAUGUCGUGCAACACGAGGAAAUCCAGGAUGAACAACCAACUCAACCCAAGAGAAGAAUUACCAGAGCUAUCAAGAGUGCACCAAGCCGUCGGAAUGCUAUAACUCACGAUUACCUACCGCCACCAUUGAUGAAGGAGGUUACUACAGAUGCUGAACCAGGAUUCAACCCGUUCGAGCGUGCUACUGUCUCACGUCCAACAAGGGCGCCUUCCGACGAUCUGGAGGCCCAACGCGGAACGGACUUCCGUAGUGCAUAUUCGCACAACACAGUGCCCUCCAUUGAGACCAUGACUUCGGAAGAGAAGGCUGCAAAGAUUGAAGAGAUCAAGGCCAGGCCAUCACGGAAGCAAUUCUUUGGCGCGAACUGGCGUUUGGCACACGUGCGAAAAUACGGGCGGGAGGAUAUUCAUGAUGAAAGCGAAGGUGCAUGGAAGCCUCACCACACAACGGAGAGAUCGACGGCGGAUCGCAACUCUGCUCCGAACGAUCGCGAUGAGAACCAGUCUUUGUUACAGGUCUUCAAUCUUCCGACCAAUACUCGCCCUUUCAGUGACGGCAACGAGCUGGUUUUUCGGAAUACCACGUUGGUAAGUCACCAUACCCAGUCUUUCAGGGUAAGAGAGCAAUGA